AUGACACGGGUGGAAAUGUGAUGAAGUGGAUUUGUACCAACAGAAACCUAACACAUACACACGGCAGGUUGGACAGACUCACAUGAGGUGAGUCCGUGCGGUCAAGAUGCUGCUUGUCCUCGUCGUCCUCUCCCUAUUCUUCUCUCCGGUGCUGUUAUUGAGCUGCUACGUGUGCAGCUCUUCUCUCACUAAUGACGAGUGCAAUUCAAGCACACAGGAAUGUCAAGCACCUCUGGACACUUGCAUGACAGUCGUGGACACUUUAGGUCACAUGAAGGCCAUCGUGAAGCAGUGUGCCAGCAGGGCCACGUGCAACGGAGCAGCGUCUACCGCUUUUGUGGACUCUGAUGGAAACGGGAACGCAGUCAGCUGUUGCAACAGUUACAACUUGUGUAACUUUAGCGGAGGAGAGGUCAUUCACGCCCAAAAACUUGUUUCUUUGCUGCUGCUGGUGUCUGCAGGCACAAUACUGUGGUCAUACUGAGGUCAAGUCACACCGACGUUCGACCGGGAUACUCUGGUUUACAGAUUUUCACGGAACAACACUUGAUAUUUGUGUGAAAAUGGUUUUAGGCUUUAAAAAAAAAAAAAAAUGAAUGCGAUGAAAAUCAGUUGGUACAAAGGCAACUGAGCGUUCUGUAUGACAACAGUUACUCUGCUGCACAAGCUACUACAUUCCAUGCCAUUGAUAGCCUCAAAAUGUUGAAUACCGAGUAUGCCCUUUAUUAUGCAAUGUUGUUUAAUUUUAAUGUAUUUAAAUAUAAUGGUAACAAUGUACACUAUGUGGGGGGAAAAUAACUGGCCUGAUGGUGUAAGUUUGAUGUUCAAUAUCCAUGUUGGGGUCAGGGCUCUUCUACAUCAAACCUAUACAACCAUUUUUUUUUUUUUUUUUUAAGUGCUAGUGCUCGCACGGGUUCCUUAUAAAUGGAUUCUUGUUGUUGCAGUCCAAUGAAAAGCAUUUGUUUGUUGCUUUUGGAUAAAAAGCGAACACACAACCUAAUUUGGAAACACAUGCUUUUCCAGGGGACAGCAACGUAUGUGUAACAUAGCUUUGACAAUACCUCAUUUUAUUGAGUUGAUUUUAAAUACGGGAAUAACAACAUGCUUUAAUUCCAUGUUCUUUUAAGAGUACGGUAGAAAAAGUAAUUUGGGCACUAGCUGUCAAUGUAUUUUUUGCAAGAGGCUCAACUGAGUAAAACUUCAAAGUUGUUAUUAGCGAAAUGGGACACACCAUUUCCACUUCUGCAUGAUUUUUAUUUCAUUGUUUUUCCUGCUAUUUAACAAGAAGGCAGACAAAAUAAAAAACAGUGUUUACUCGUACGACUUCUGUACAAUUGACCAGUGAUGCACACCAGUACACUUUUACAAUAUACCAACAUGAGCAGAUUUA